AUGGCCACUGGAAUAGAGAAAGAAAAAGAAGUGAAUACCAGUACUCUUUUAACAAAUUUCAGAGAUCAUCUUAAUAGCAGUGACUCGUCGAAAGAAUGGCGAUGGGAUGCAGAAUUCGCAUUUUUUGUCCUGAAACAGUGUAUAAUAAGUCGUAUACUGAUGUUCAUCAUACAGUUUAUAAUGAAUGUUGUAGUAACUGAUUAUCCUUCGGACGCUUUCCAAGGAGUUCCAAUCCCGCAAGCGGAAUUGUCCCAAGUUGAUCGUUGGAUUCAAAUUGCUUUUGGUGGUCUAAUAAGAUGGGAUGCGGUACAUUUCCUGCAUAUUGCUCAGUACGGCUAUACUUAUGAGAGCAAUCUUGCCUUUUUUCCUCUCUAUCCGACUUUGAUUUAUUCUCUCACACUUAUUUGGAGUUGGGCACUGCCCUUUAUUCAUUUUUCAACAGCUGUUAUACUUACCGCUGUCAUUGUCAACUUUAUAGCUUUUGCGCUGUGUGGACAACUAUUGUAUGCGUUGCUACUCAUACUCACUAAGUCGACGAAACGUGCUUUGCUCGCUUGCAUUGUGUUUACUUUAAAUCCGGCUAGCGUUUUCUUUUCUGCUGUUUAUUCCGAAAGUGUGUAUAUGCUUUUAACUUUUUGUGGAAUGUUCGUACUCUAUGCGGAUCCGUCUCUUUCGUUUGUACGGUACAUUAUAGCUGCUCUGUUUUUCUCAUUUGCAUUUGCAACUAGAUCAAAUGGCAUUUUCAAUUUCGGUUACAUUAUAUUCCAGUUGACAUUAGAAACAGUCUACUCGGUGACAUUGCACAAAUUCAUCUGGGAACGCGAUUGUGGUACUGUGUUGUUGAAGUUAUUUCGAUUCAUCAUGUUGAUUACGAUUUGCUGGGGUAUAUUUGGAAGUCAAGUGGUGUCUCAUGGCUCAAGAAUACAUCACAGUUUCUGUUCUCGAAAUACCACUCACAGUAGAGCGAAAGAAAUGCCUGAUAUUGUAUAUCAGUAUGCGCUGCAAUCCAAACUAGUUCUUCCUCAUGACUUGGAAAGCUUAAUAUGGUGUAGGAAAGGACGAAAUAUAUUAUAUCCAAUUCCCUCAUUUUAUUAUCAUGUUCAAGAGAAAUACUGGCAAGUUGAGCCCUUUGGCUACUGGCAGUUGAAAAAACUGCCGUGCUUCAUAAUGGCCGCUCCAGCGAUUUUCAUCGUUUUAUAUGGCUCUCUGUUCGAAAUUAAUCUUUUAAAAAGAAUGCAUGGAUCAUUAUUUGGAGUUAUUCUUGGCACACUCCAGAAUGCGAGCAGUAUACUGCCGUUUCUAAUUCAUACGUUGGUGCUAACAUUUCUGGCUUUGGUGUUGUACAACGUGGAAGUGUUCACCCGAAUUCUGUUUUCGUCAUCACCAUUUAUUUAUUUAAUCAUAGCACAAUACAUGGACCGUCGAACUCCCCUAGUAACAUUAGAUGAUGUACAGUAUCCUACUUUCCUUCCUUUUUUCACCAAUUUUUCAAGAUCACACUGGAUGCAUGCCUUGCUAUUAUCUUACUUGCUGGGCUAUUUCUAUAUUGGUACACUACUGCAUGCUAACUGGCUUCCUUUUACCUGA